UUGCCACCGGAUCGUCCUGUCCUUCCUGCGCGAGGUGGCGGACGCCCUCGCGCCAGAGGGGAACGACUCGGCGAGCUGCGCGCCAGCCGUGGCGGUGCACUGCAAGGGCGGCUUCGGCCGCAGCGUGCUGUUCGCUUGCCUGCUGGUCAUCCACCAGUACGACGUGCCCGGCAGCGCCCUGCUCGGCUGGGCGCGGCUCGUGCGGCCAGGCGCCUUCACCGUGCCAGACCAGGAGCGCUUCCUCUGCCGCUUCGGGUGCCGCGAGGACCUGCACCGCCAUGUCGGCCUCGCCGGGGCUGGGCUUUGCAGGUGCUGCAGCGUGCAGUGA